GCCCACAGCGUGACGUAGCCUUUUCCUUCCUCGUCUCCGCUGCUAGUAAAGUUAGCAGUAGCACCUUUUAGCCUCCAGCAGCUGUCGGUGGCAGUCAGUCAGCCAGCCUGUCAGUUCGAGUGGCGGUGUUUGUUUGUGCGUGUAGAAAUCCCCCCUCUUUAUUUACCCUCCCGUAGAAAAACCGAGGGCGGCCGGGUUGUUUCUUCGGGAGCCAACUUGCCUCACCUCUGCGGGCCACCUGCGACAAAAAAAUAUUGUCCUCGCCGUCACGACAGGAAGAAGCCCUGGGACAUGGCCAGACCAGAACAAGUCCUGUUGCUGGAGCCACAACACGAACUGAAAUUCAGAGGCCCAUUUACAGAUGUUGUCACCGCCACCCUGAAGCUGACCAACCCCACAGAUAGAAAUGUGUGUUUCAAAGUCAAGACGACCGCACCUCGCAGAUACUGUGUGCGCCCAAACAGUGGCAUAAUUGAUGCUGGAACCUCCAUAAAUGUUUCUGUUAUGCUACAGCCUUUUGACUAUGACCCCAAUGAAAAGAGUAAACACAAAUUCAUGGUGCAGUCCAUGCUGGCUCCAUAUGACAUGACUGACAUGGAAGGAGUUUGGAAGGAGGCAAAGCCUGAAGAGCUGAUGGAUUCAAAGUUGAGAUGUGCAUUUGAGAUGCCUCUAGAAAAUGACAAAACUCAUGACAGUGAAAUCAUCAAAACUGUGUCUUCCUCUGCCUCUGUUAAGACUGAGCACUCUGUCCUGCCCAAGUCAGCCAGCGCCUCGCUGGAUGAUGGAGAGGUGAAGAAGAUCAUGGAGGAGUGCAAGCGACUGCAGAUGGAAGUGCAGAGGCUACGGGAAGAAAACAAACAGAUCAGGGAGGAUGACGGUCUGCGGAAGAGAAAGGUGACACCAGUGGCCACCGCUCACUCCUCCUCCACCAUGGCCACCACAGCCGUGAGGGACGAAGGCCUAAGCACCCGCGUGCUGGCGUUCUGCGUGCUCUUCUUUGUGAUUGGAGUCAUCAUUGGCAAGCUGGCCCUGUAGGGACACAGACGGACAGAGCACAGUGACAGACGGACGGAUAGACAGCGUGCUUGGGAGGACGCGUGUCAGCAACGGCGACGGGGAUGUCUUCUGGGUUUAUGUUGAUCUGUUAUUUUCUUUUUUUUAACAUUUAAGGCAAUAUCAUGAUGGUUUGGUGUAAAAAGAAAACGAAAGAAGGCUAUCCCAAGUUAAACCAUGAGUGCAAGCAUUUUUGUCACAGGUCCUUUUUUCUUUUUUUGAUCUGUUCUUUCCGUCCAUCUCUCUUCCUUAAAUGAUCUUCCCUAACUUGCACAGGUAACAGUUAGUCGUGUGUUUAAGUGGCUUCACGCUGGCUGAAUGUCUAAAGUCUUUCAUUGAUUCGCAAGUUUUCAUAAGUUGCUUACACACGUUGUCCGUAAAAAAAGCUCUAACCCUCUUCUGAUAAUCUCUUCCAUUUAUUAAUCUCCAAGGAGAGGUGAACACAGUUUGUCAGUGAAAGACUGUUUUAUUUUUUUUUUUUUUCCUUGCUCUCUAGACUCAAGCUUCAUGUAUUGUCCUCUAAAGAGUUUGGGGUUUUAAAAAGAAAAGAAAAAGCCAGUGUUGUGUGUGUGUGUUUUGCCUCCUGCAGGAGCAGUGAUGUGUCGGACUGUGUGAAUGUUUUUAUGCGAGGAGACCACAGACGGUGAGGCUCACAAGCUGUUUUAGGACAAAGGAAUAGGGCUGGUUUAAAAAUGAAUAAAUAAUCCAAACAGAUUUCUUCUAUUCAGCAAAAAUGGGGUUGUUGAAAAUCUAAUUGAAUAUUUGGAUGAUUUAGUGUAAUCCAGAAAUCUGUAGAAAUUAAGUAAAAUCAUCACUCGGUAAAUUCACAAUUACGACUUCAAAAAGAACGUGUUCUGUAUGGUGAUUUUUUUUUUUUUUUUUUUUUUUUUUUUUUUUUUGGUUUCAUUGUUUCAAAAACAAAGCUGUAAUUUACAUCUUCAUGCUUGUUUUUUGGUUUUUGGUUUGUUUUGUUAAUUACUUCCUCAGGUUCGCACACAGAGUGACGCUGAACAGAAAAAAAUAAAAGGCCUAAUUUCCGACUACAAAGCUGUGGACAGAUCAUGCAAAACCGACUCUUAUUUAUUCAUACACAUCAGAGUAUGUAACACGAGUUCUGACCACUCUAUUGAAUUUUGCCCAUGGUGCAUUGACUUUGCGCCCUCUGGUGUAUUACAGCAGUUGUUUGCCUUUUUUUUUUUUUCUUUUUUUUUUUUCUCUUCUUCCUCUCUUGUGUUGUCAUGUAGACACUUUGCUUCUGUUGUUGAAAAUAUUCAAAUGCACUAUUCUCACGUGUGCACUCUGUAGUCUGCAUGGAAUGACCUUUAUUAUGAUUAUUUUAUUUUAUUUUUUGAGUGUUGAAAAAUCCAUGUUAGCAAAACCAACAAACAAAACAAAAAAAAAAAUACUGUCUUUUCCAAAAGGGACCAUCUUGAGUCUGGUUAUCAGUUUGUGUGUGUUUUUGUUUUCUUUGCCGUCACCUUUUCCGUUUGUGUCCUGUUGAGUUCUGGUGGUUGUGAGAUAACACAGCUGUAUUAUCUUGGCCAUCACAUGACCAUCUCGGCUGAUUCAUUUCUUCAAAAUUUAAAAAAAAAAAAAAUGAAUAUCUGCUUAUUUGCAUGGGGCUAGGCAGGGAGGGGGUCAGAUAUGUCUGGAUGCGGGCAGCUGUGAGAGGACUGACCUGUGAAUACACACUACGUUAAAGGAUUUAAAAACGACAAAGGCAUCAGCGCUUCAGACCACACCUGCAGAUACAGUCACAACAAUGUAAUCACGCAGUAAUUGGAUACUCUUUUUGUAUGUAAAUAAAAAUAAAAAGACUCAAAAGAUAACUGGCAAAGUUAUUAACAUACUGUACUAAAGGAAGAAAAUAAACAGCCACCAUGGAUGAUGUAGCAUCAUAAUGAAUUAAAAUACAUAAACCCCCAA